CAUGGGGCAUGGUGCUUUCUGCGAGCUGAGUGUACUAGACGGGUAUCUGCUGAUGGUACAGCCGGGUGUCUUCAUCCUCUCCGCGGAUCUGUGUGUGAGGGCCGGUGGGCUGCAGAGCUUGUUGCCCGACAUCCGUGUUACUGGGAUCUCCACAAUUUAGAUUCCUUGGAUCUGCCUGUAUCGCUCCUAGUCAAGAUGGCCAGAUUGACGCUUUUCCUACUAAUGUUCAUCUUGGGAUUUGUGGUCCCAUCUCCUACCAAAAGACCGCCAGGCAGCAAGGAUGAUGUGCCGGAGACCGCAAAUUCUUCCCUUCUGGAUCCAGUUUAUAGUUUUACUGAGGAUGAGGCCAGUCUAAAUGAAAUGUUCAGGGAAGUGGAGGAGCUGAUGGAAGACACACAGUCCAAGUUGCAGAAUGCUGUCAAAGAGAUGGAAGCUGAGGAAGUAUCAGAUCAGAGAGUUCCAGAAAACCUACCUCCAAAUUACCACAAUGAGUCCUUUACCAAGACUAACAUUGGAAAUAAAACAGUUGAGACAAAACAGGAAAUUGUUAAGGAAACGGAUAAUAAAACUGGAUCAACACUGUACUCAGAAACUUUGAUAACGUCAAUAAAAAGCAGAGGCAAUAAAGUCCACGAAUGCAUUGUUGAUGAGGAUUGCAAGAGCGGAAAUUAUUGCCACUUUGGGAAUGCUGAAUACAAGUGCCUACCCUGCAAGACAAAGGAAGCGUGUACACGAGACGGCGAAUGCUGUGCUGACCAGCUGUGUGUCUGGGGCACGUGCACCAAAGCUUCCAGAGGUGACAAUGGCACGAUUUGUGAGAGUCAACAGGAAUGCAACCCAGGAUUUUGCUGCUCUGUGCAACCAAGUCUCUUGUUCCCAGUCUGCAGCCCACUGGCAAUUAAAGGGGAGCUUUGCCAUGAUCCAUCUGCACAGCUACUGGACUUGAUUAGCUGGGAGCUAGAACCUGAUGGAGUGUUGGACAACUGCCCCUGCUCCAAUGGACUGGUCUGUAAUCCUCAAAGCCACUCGUCAGUGUCUGUCUGUGAAGAACCAUCUAUAAUGGAAGCCAGGAGAGAUAAUGGUGAGAUACUCGUGGAUGACCUACCAUUUAUCAGUCUGGUGCCUCAAGAGGAGUUGAUGUAUGAAGAAGGUAACACAAUGCCAACAGCAUACGGGAUGGAACCUGAUCCUUCAGAAGACAUAUAUGGGGAGGAACCAGAAAUAAUACCAGAUCUUCCUUUUGACAUCUGAGGAUAAAAACCCGACUAGUACAUUAGAAUGUUGUAGGAAUCAGCAGGUGGUAACAGUACAGAAAAGUGGACAACCAAUGCUUGACCCUUUCACUGAAUGGGGGUUUGCAAACAUUGCUUCAUUAUGCAUUUUGGCUAUAUUGCUUUCCACAUUUUCUAUUUAUUUUUAUACAAAUCCAGCUUGUUCAAUGUAUUUUAACAGAGGUGCACAACUCCAGCUAACAAGGGAUUGCAUGCACAAGGUUUUAAGGACGUAUUUACUAUAGUACAGUCAGAUCUGGUCACUUUAAGAAAACUCUUGUGUUUGUAGAGUUGAAAAUCCUGUAACAUCUUCCUAAUUACCAGCCGACAAGAAUGGGAUUGUGCACCACUGGAUAAUCAAGUAAGGAACGGAACUACUGAAGAUUUAAUGCUAGAGCUAGUUGAGAGAAAGGUGUCUGAUGACCCCACAGUACAAACUUGAGGAAACCUAGGGUUUAAGGAUAUAAAUUAUAAAUUAAUGAGAGGGGGUUGCUAAGCUUGGCCAGAAUAAAGUUAGGAGCCCAUCAUGAUUUGUGUGGUGGCAUAAAAAAAUAGGAAGAUACUGUAUUAAUUUUUUUUUGCAUGGAUUUCCAUUGCUUUUCAUGGAUUGUGUGUGUGUUCUAUUUUAAGUACGGGGUCCAGAAAAAUCACUCUGCUGGAUAGAAGUGAAAUAAAGAGGUAAUUUAAAUUCUUGGCCAUCAUUUUGCAUGCAGUUUUCAUUUUUUGUAUGUGUUAUAUAUAGGCUGGAAACUUAAUAUCUGGAAUGCUCAUAUUUUGUUAUUGCAUUAAAAGAUUUUUACUA